AUGGCUGUCGGCAGGAGGAGGCUGAAUGCACUCUGGGCUCUGGCUCUGGCUCUGGCCUGUGCCCAGCACACAGGCCAUGCCCAGCACAGCCCCUCAGAAUCCAGCUAUAAGUACCACCCAGACCUCCCUCCCAUCCAUCCAGGCCCAUCAUUCUUCCCACUUGGUGGGGUGACCAUCCUCCCCCCGAUGAAGACGAUUCCUGUUGUACGAGCUCUGAACCCAGCCCACAAUGGGCGAGUCUGCAGCACGUGGGGUGACUUCCACUACAAGACCUUCGAUGGAGACAUCUUCCAGUUCCCUGGCCUCUGCAACUACGUCUUCUCCUCCAACUGCCAUGCCUCCUAUGAGGACUUCAACAUCCAAGUACGCCGUGGCCAGGGAGGCAAUGCCACCGUGCCCAGCAAGGUGGUUAUGAAGCUUGAUGGCAUGGUGCUCCAGCUGACCAAGAGCUCCGUCCUGGUCAAUGGCCACCCGGUCCAGCUGCCCUUCAGCCAGUCUGGGGUCCUCAUCGAGCAGAACAGCUUGUACCUGAAGGUGGCCGCCCGCAUGGGGCUGGUUUUCAUGUGGAACCUGGACAACAGUCUCCUGCUGGAGCUGGAUGACAAGUAUGCUAACCAGACCUGUGGGCUCUGUGGGGACUUCAACGGCAUUCCCGUCUUCAACGAGUUCUUCUCCAACAACGUCAAGCUGACCCCUGUUGAAUAUGGGAACCUGCAGAAGCUGGAUGGACCCAUGGAGCAGUGCCAGGACCCCACACCCACUCCCCUGGGCAACUGCACGUUUGGACUGGAGUUCUGCCAGAAGAUCCUUCUCAGCCAGCCCUUCUCGGACUGCCACACGCUGGUGGACGUCAGCAGCUACAUAGCCGCCUGCCAGCAGGACGCGUGCCUCUGUCUUGAUGCCAGUCCCACCAGCUGCACCUGCCCCACGCUGGCAGAGUACUCCCGGCAGUGUGUGCAUGCUGGAGGGGUGCCCAGGGAGUGGCGGACCCCCGACCUAUGCCCGGCUCAAGGCUGUCCCUUCAACAUGGAGCACCGUGAGUGUGGCCUGCCCUGCGCCGACACCUGCUCCAACCUCGAGCAUGCUCAGCUCUGUGAAGACCAUUGUGUCAGCGGCUGCUUCUGUCCCCAGGGGAUGGUAUUUGAUGACAUCAACCAAAGUGGCUGUGUCCCUGCGGCCCAGUGCUCCUGCAUGUACAAUGGGUUGUCCUACCCUCCUGGGGCCGUCUAUUCCACUGGUUGCACCAACUGCACCUGCUCUGGGGGCCGCUGGAGCUGUCAGGAGACCCCGUGUCCUGGCACCUGCUCAGUGCUGGGGGGCGCACACUUCUCCACGUUUGAUGAGAAGCAGUACACGGCACACGGGGACUGUAGCUACGUGCUGGCCAAGCCCUGUGACGGCGGCGCCUUCACCGUGCUGGCUGAGCUGCGCAAAUGUGGACUGACCGACAGCGAGACCUGCCUUAAGAGUGUGACGCUCAGUCUGGGUGGGGGCCAGACGGUCAUCGUGGUCAAGGCCAGUGGUGAGGUGUUUGUGAACCAGAUCUACACCCAGCUGCCCGUUUCUGCAGCCAAUGUCACCCUCUUCAGGCCCUCUACCUUCUUCAUCAUUGCCCAGACCACCUUCGGCCUGCAGCUGGACAUCCAGCUGGUGCCCACCAUGCAGGUCUUCCUGCGGCUGACACCUACACUCCAAGGCCUGACCUGUGGCCUCUGUGGGAACUUCAACAGCAUCCAAGCAGAUGACUUCCGGACCAUCAGCGGGGUGGUGGAGGGAACAGCAGCCGCCUUCUUUAACACCUGGAAGACCCAGGCUUCCUGCCCUAACGUCAAGAACAGCUUCGAGGACCCCUGCUCCCUCAGUGUGGAGAAUGAGAAGUAUGCACAACACUGGUGCUCACUGCUGACAGACACAGAGGGACCGUUCGCCCACUGCCAUGCCACAGUGAACCCGGCCACCUACUACUCAAACUGCAUGUUCGACACAUGCAACUGUGAGAAGACUGAGGACUGCCUGUGCGCAGCGCUGUCUGCCUACGUGCACACAUGUGCGGCUAAAGGAGUGCUGCUGCGUGGCUGGAGGGACCGUGUGUGCGCAAAACCCAUGACCACCUGCCCCAAGUCACUGACCUACAUUGACUAUGUCAGUACCUGCCAACCCACUUGCCGCUCUCUGAGCGAAGAGGAUGUCACUUGCCAGAUCAGCUUUGUGCCUGUGGAUGGCUGUGUCUGCGCCAAUGGCACAUUCCUGGAUGACUCGGGCAAGUGUGUGCCAGCUGCCUACUGCCCCUGCUACUAUCGGGGCUCGGUGGUGCCCAACGGAGAGUCAGUUCACGAUGGCGGGACCGUCUGCACCUGCACUAAGGGGACACUGACCUGCGUCGGAGGCCAUGCUCCCACCUCAGUCUGCAGAGCACCCAUGGUCUACUUUGACUGCCGGAAUGCCACAUCUGGAGCUGCAGGAGCUGGCUGUCAGAAGAGCUGCCACACCCUGGACAUGGCCUGUUACAGCCCCCAGUGUAUCUCUGGCUGCGUGUGCCCCGACGGGCUAGUGUCUGAUGGUGAAGGCGGCUGCAUCGUAGCAGCUGACUGCCCCUGUGUGCACAAUGAGGCCAGCUACAAGGCUGGCCAAACCAUCCGUGUCGGCUGCAAUGCGUGUACCUGCAAGAACAGGAUGUGGCAGUGUACCCAGGAGCCCUGCCUAGCCACCUGUGCAGUGUAUGGGGAUGGCCACUACCUCACCUUUGAUGGCCAGCGUUUCACCUUUGAAGGGGACUGCGAGUACACGCUGGUACAGGACCACUGUGGAGGCAACAGCAGCACCCAGGGCUCCUUCCGAGUUGUCACCGAGAACAUUCCCUGUGGUACGACAGGGACCACCUGCUCCAAGGCCAUCAAAGUAUUCGUGGGGAGCUAUGAACUGAAGCUGAGCAGUGGAAAAGUGGAAGUAAUUGAGAAGGGGACUGGGCAGGUGGUGCCCUAUUCCAUCCGUCAGAUGGGCAUCUACCUGGUUGUGGACACAGAUGUUGGCCUCGUGCUCCAGUGGGACAAGAAGACCAGCCUCUUUCUCAGACUUAGUCCUGAAUUCAAGGGGAAGGUGUGUGGGCUGUGUGGCAACUUCGACGGCAAUGCUAUCAAUGACUUCACCACACGGAGCCUGUCCGUGGUGGGCGACGUGCUGGAGUUCGGGAACAGCUGGAAGUUCUCACCAUCCUGCCCAGAUGCCCUCGCCCCCAGAGACCCGUGCACGGCCAACCCUUAUCGCAAGUCGUGGGCCCAGAAGCAGUGCAGCAUCCUCCACAGUGCCACCUUCACCACCUGCCAUGCCCACGUGGAGCCCACCAAAUACUACGAGGCCUGUGUGAGCGACGCGUGUGCCUGCGACUCGGGCGGUGACUGUGAAUGCUUCUGCACGGCUGUGGCGGCCUAUGCCCAGGCCUGCCAAGAUGCAGGCGUGUGUGUGUCCUGGCGCAGCCCGGACGUCUGCCCCUUGUUCUGUGACUACUACAACCCCAAUGGGGAAUGUGAGUGGCACUAUCAGCCAUGCGGGGCCCCCUGCAUGAGGACCUGCCGGAAUCCUAGUGGGCGCUGCCUCCAUGAUGUGCAUGGCCUGGAAGGCUGUUACCCCAAGUGCCCACCAGAGGCUCCCAUCUUUGAUGAGGAUGAGAUGCAGUGUGUAGCCCAGUGCUCGACUCCACCACCUCCACCACCCUGCCGUGUCCGGGGCAAGGAUUACCGGCCAGGUGCCUCUGUGCCAUCUAGCGAGAAUUGUAAAACCUGUAUCUGCACUGAGAAUGGUGUUGAAUGUGUUUACGAUGCUGAAGCUUGUAUCUGCACCUAUGGUGGGCAGCAAUUCCACCCUGGGGAUGUCAUCUAUCACACUGCGGACGGCACUGGGUCCUGCAUCACUGCCCGCUGUGUGGCCAACGGCACCAUUGAGAGGGAGGUCUCUUUCUGUGACACCAGCACUGCACCCACCACCACUUUCUCCUUCUCCACCACCCCAAAUGGUAAGACUGCAUGUGGCUCUUCGGGGAGUUCUCCCCAGUCUACAGUAAGCACAUUUACAAGCAAGAUCCUCUCAACAGCUCCAGGCACUUCUCCCAAGUCAGCAUCUGUCCCAGGCUGUGGGGAGCUGUGCCAGUGGACUCCAUGGCUGGACGUCAGCCACCCAGGGCAGGGAGUGGACAGUGGAGACUUUGACACACUACAGAACCUACGUGACCACGGGUUCAGGAUUUGUCAGGAGCCCAAGGAAGUGAAGUGCCGUGCUGAGAAUAUGCCUGAUGUGCCCCUGGAGGCACUGGGGCAGCACGUGGAAUGUAGUCGGACAGGGGGACUGAUCUGCUACAACAAAGACCAGGCCUCAGGGCUCUGUGACAACUACCAGAUCCAAAUUCUGUGCUGUUCUCCACUGCCCUGUCCCACUCUCAGCAGCAGCAGCACAGCCUCAACCUCCACCCCUGGCACACACAGGACACUCCAUACCAGUCUCUCUACUGCUGCCACAGCACCUCCCCAAGGCUCCUCCACACCUGCCCCAGGCACACACACGCCUGUUCCAGGAACUUAUAUGCCUUCUCCAGGUACUCACACAUCUGCCCCAGGCUCCUCCACACCUGCCCCAGGCACACACACGCCUGUUCCAGGAACUUAUAUGCCUUCUCCAGGUACUCACACAUCUGCCCCAGGCUCCUCCACACCUGCCCCAGGCACCCACUCACCUGUCCCAGGCUCCCCCACACCUGCCCCAGGCUUCUCUACACUUCCCAGUACGAUCUCUUGCUUACAAGAAAGGUGUGAGUGGACCAAAUGGCUUGAUGGCAGCUACCCUAAGCCUGAUAGAAACAGUGGAGAUUUUGAUACUUUCCAUGACUUGAGAGCCAAAGGUUACGAUAUCUGUAAGCACCCUAAAGCAGUGGAGUGCAGAGCAGAGUGGUUCCCACACAUCCCACUAAACGAACUAGGGCAGAAUGUAACCUGUAGUAAGACAGAAGGGCUACUCUGUCUGAACAAGGACCAGCAGCCUCCGAUUUGCUACAACUAUGAGAUCCGCAUCCUUUGCUGCAGCAUUGUGGAUGUCUCCUCAUCAACCUCAAAUACAACCCCUGCAAACAGGACAACCACCACCCCUCCUGAGACCAGGCACUUGAACACUGUGACCACAUGCAUGAACCAGUGCUCGUGGAGCAAGUGGUUUGAUGUGGACUUCCCAUCCUCUGGGCCCCACGGUGGAGACGUGGAAACUUAUGACAACAUCCUCAGACUGGAGUGUCGUGCAGAGAACCAUCCUGAGGUCAGCAUCAAGCAGCUGGGGCAGGUGGUAGAGUGCAACCCUGACGUGGGGCUGGUGUGUAGGAACCAGGACCAGUUGGGAAAGAUGUGCUUCAACUAUGAGAUCCGAGUGCUGUGCUGUGAUUUCCACGUGGGCUGCUCCUCAUCCUCCCCUCCCAGUGUGACACAUGCUCCUCUUCAUACAUCAUCUCCAGAACCUACUUCUGUUACUUUACCCCAAUCACCACACUCCAGCACUGCAGCCUGCUACUGCGUUGUGGCGGACAAGCUCUAUCCUGCAGGAAGCAUCAUCUACCAGGAGACAGACCUUGAUGGGCACUGCUAUUCUGCCCAGUGCACAUUGGACUGUCGUGUGGUCAGGCAUGAUGGCCGUGACUGCUCAUCUACUCCACAGACUCCUACCACGCCAUCAUCCCCUUCUCCAAGCCCUGAUCACGGGUGCUCAGAUGUGGUUCCCUCACGGGAGAAAGGCGAGACUUGGAACAUGCCCAACUGCACUCAGGCCACCUGUGAGGGUCACAAUGUCAUCACACUGCACCCACGCAAGUGCCCACCUGCCAAGGCUCUAACCUGUGCCAACGGCUACCCGGCCGUGAAGGUGGUGGACAAGGAUGGCUGCUGCCCACAUGAUGAAUGCCAGUGUAUCUGCAGCGGCUGGGGCGACCCCCAUUACAUCACCUUCGAUGGCACCUACUACACCUUCCUGGACAAUUGUACCUACGUGUUGGUACAGCAGAUUGUUCCCAAGUAUGGCCACUUCCGGGUGCUCAUCGACAACUACUUCUGCAAUGCCGAAGACGGGCUGUCCUGUCCUCGCUCCAUCAUAGUCGAGUACAAGCAGGACCGGGUUGUGAUGACACGCAAACCUGGGGGUGUUGGCCUCGCGGCCAAUCAGGUCUUCUUCAACAACAGAACGGUCCAACCUGGCUUCAGGAGCAACGGCAUUGUCAUCUCUCAGCUCGGCAUCAAGAUGUAUGUGAGCAUCCCUGCCCUCGGCGUGCAGGUCAUGUUCACAGGCCUCAUCUUCUCGGUGGAAGUGCCCUUCAGCAAGUUUGCCAACAACACAGAGGGCCAGUGUGGGACCUGCACCAAUGACCAGAAGGAUGACUGCCGCCUCCCGGAUGGGGCUGUGGUCGCCUCCUGCUCUGAGAUGUCUGACCACUGGAAAGUGACCAGUCCUGACCAGCCAUCCUGCCACAAGCCACCCCCUACCCCCUUGCCAACCACCCCCACCAAGGGCAGGAUCAGGCCCACUCCAUGCCCAGAAGCACCAAUCUGCCAUCUGAUUCUGAGCGACGUCUUCGAGCUGUGUCAUGAAGUCAUCCCUCCCAUACCAUACUACGAGGGCUGCGUCUUCGACCAGUGCCAUGUGACAGACUCAGACGUGGUGUGCUCCAGCCUGGAGCUGUACGCUCUGCUCUGCGCGUCACAGGGCAGGUGCAUCGACUGGAGGCCCUACACCAACCACACCUGCCCUCUCACCUGCCCUGCCAACAAGGUGUACCAGCCCUGUGGUCCGGUCAGCCAGACCUACUGCUAUGGGAACAAUAGUGCCAGUGUUCUGGCUGUCCAGGACACUGGCUCCUCCAUGGAGGGCUGCUUCUGCCCACCAGGCAUGAUACUAUUUAGCGAGAACUCUGAUGUCUGCGUGCCCUCAGACAACUGCUCCUGGUGCCUGGGGCCCAAUGGGGAGCCUGUGGAGCCGGGCCAGACCAUUGUCACCAACUGCGAGGAGUGCACCUGUGAUGGCAGCACACAAAGCCUGAGUUGCCAAGCACAGACCUGCCCCCCACUGCCCAGCUGCUCUGCACCUGGGCAUGUGCUGGUGCCUGAACCACUGCAAGCUGCCCAGUGCUGUGCAGAAUACCACUGUGUCUGCAACACCAGCCUCUGUCCCCAGCCUGGCCUCUGCCACAACAACUCCCACCCAGUCACCAGUCACAAGGACGGGGACUGCUGCCCCAGCCAGGAGUGUGUUCUUGAUGUCUGUGUGGUCAACGGCACUGUGUUCCAGCUUGGUGCUGUGGUCUCCUCGAGCCUGUGUGAGAAGUGCACAUGUCAGGCAACAGGUGGCCCCUCAAUGGACCCAUUCGUGAUCUGUGAGACACAGAUCUGUGAGCGGAGCUGCCCUGUGGGCUUCGAGUACCGCGUGCAGCCGGGUCAGUGCUGCGGUUCGUGCGUCCAGGUGGCCUGCGUCAUGAACACCAGCGACAGCUCUGCACACCUCUUCUAUCCUGGUGAGACCUGGUCGGAUCCUCGGAACCGCUGUGAGACACACGAGUGUGAGCGACACAAGGACGGAAUCGUGGUGGUGACCACUAGGAAGGCGUGCCCUCCACUCACCUGCUCUCAGGACAAAGCCCAGCUGAGCGAAGAUGGCUGCUGUCGCUUCUGUCCCCCUGAGCCAGCCGCUAACAGGUCCACUUGUGCCGUGUACUACAAGGAGGAGGUUAUCCGGGAGCGUGGCUGCAGCUCCAGCCAGCCCAUACUCCUCUCCUACUGCAAAGGCAACUGUGGAGAUACCAGCUCUAUGUACUCCUUCAAGACCCACAUGGUGGAGCACAGGUGUCUGUGCUGCCAGGAGCUGCGGACAUCUCUGCGGAACGUGACCCUCAGCUGCCAGGGCGGCUCCCCUCGGACCAUCAGUUACCGCCACAUCGAGGAGUGUGGCUGCGAGGGCCCCAGCUGCACCACACAAAGCAACCCUGGUCACUCAGAGGAGUCCCAGGAGAGUGCAGAGGGGGACAGCCAGGAGCCCAAGGCCUCCUGGGCACAUUGA